ACUCUCUACUCUCUCCAAAUGUUUUCUAGUUUCGUCGUGAAGUGGAUUCAGCGACAUGCAUUAAGUAAGGUGCCGAUCCUCCAGGAAGCGUUGGGUGUAACAGCUCUCUGUGACCCACAGCAGCAGAAAGUCUCUGAUGCCUUUCAGGUUGUUGCGGAUGAAGUGGAUGGAGAAGGAGGGAUUAAAAAGCUAAUAGAGGUUCCAUCAUUCACUCCCUCAAAGGAAGUGUUUGUGAAAAUUGUCCGCGAACUCUUUUCCGAUGGGGAGAUCAACUGGGGCAGGGUGGUUACCGUCUUCUGCUUUGCCGGCAUGUUUGUCUUGAAAGCUCAUGAAAGCAAAAUAUGUGAGUUAAUCAAAACCAUAAUCAGCUGGAUCAUAGACUUUUUCCGAGAAAAGGUGCUUGGCUGGAUAAAGGAGCAAGGCGGCUGGGAGGGAAUUUUUUCCUACGUCGGCAUUCCCAUGUGGCAAUUUUUGGGGAUUUUUCUGGCUGGGGUUGUCACCACCCUUGUCGUCGUCCACAAGAUGAGGGCCGAAUGAAGAGCCGACAGGGGCAUGGAAAAAAAACAAAAACAACUGAGUGAGCAGAAGCAAACCAAGAAGUUAAUGGGAGGAUUUACAGAGUAAACAAGUCAAACAAGAGGAACUUGUACAAAGGAUAUUAUUGUUUGUCUCCCAUUCGAGUGUGAAAUGGUGACUCAGACUAUCAGAACUUAUGUUUGAGUAAACAAAAUCCAAGA